CACGCCGAGGUCCAGCCGGGGCCUCGGAGGCCGCAGGGAGCCCAGGCCCGUGGGCGUGGUCAGUUUCCUGCUUUUCCCCCUAAGCGCCUCAGUCGGCGAAGUGCGGCUGCCGUCCCGCCCCUGGAGCGCACGGCUCGGAGGGGCCGCCCCGGGCCCCGCGCCGCCGGCGCUACCACCUCCCCGCCAGAGCGCUUCCGCAGUCCGCCCGCCCCCACCGCGCUGCACCUCUGGGCCCGGCCGCCAGGGGGCGCCGCGGGAGCCGCCCCUCAGCUGCGCCUGCGCUGGCGCCGCGCACGAGCCCGAGAGCAAACCCGCCGCGCGCGCGCUCGCCCGGCAAGUGCGCCUGCGCGGAGGCCGUGGCCGCGCCCGCUCCCGCUGGGGGCUCGUCGCUGGGCGGCCGGGCCAUGGGGGAGGCCGAGGUGGGCGGUGGCGGCGCGCCGGGGGACAAGGGGCCGGGGGAGGCGGCCACCAGCCCAGCCGAGGAGACGGUGGUGUGGAGCCCCGAGGUGGAGGUGUGCCUCUUCCACGCCAUGCUGGGCCACAAGCCCGUCGGUGUGAACCGACAUUUCCACAUGAUCUGUAUUCGGGACAAGUUCAGCCAGAACAUUGGUCGGCAGGUCCCAUCCAAGGUCAUCUGGGACCAUCUGAGCACCAUGUAUGACAUGCAGGCGCUGCACGAAUCUGAGAUUCUUCCAUUCCCAAACCCAGAGAGGAACUUUGUCCUUCCCGAAGAAAUCAUUCAUGAAGUCCGAGAAGGUGAGGCUCCACCUGGUGGGGUCCGGCCCGGGGUUAGGAGGCAGGAUGCGGCGAGGGUGGUGAUGUCAGGGUGCAGGUCACGAGCCUCAGGGAGGAGCGGCCUGGCGGCAGCUGGGAACCACACACACAGCCGUCCCCCGCCUGAGCCAUCCGCAGCAUUGGGCAGGGCCACGUCUCCCACCGUUUUGGUAAACGUCAGCUGUCGCCCCACAGGAAAAGUGGUCAUUGAAGAAGAAAUGAAGGAGGAAAUGAAGGAAGAUGUGGACCCCCACAACGGGGCUGAUGAUGUUUUUUCGUCUUCAGGAAGCUUGGGGAAAGCAACAGAAAAGUCCAGCAAAGACAAGAACCCUUCGGACUUGGGGUCCAAGGAAGGGGCGGACAAGCGGAAGCGUAGCCGGGUCACCGACAAAGUCCUGACGGCGAACAGCAACCCCUCCAGCCCCAGCGCUGCGAAGCGGCGCCGAACGUAGUUGUGGCUCAGCCACGGCAGGGGGUCGGGGCACUGCUGUCACCUGGCCUGACCAGAGCUGGCUCAGUUGUGGAGAGCUGGGGUCUGGGCCUGUCUCCCCCGCACCGGCGGGUGAGCCCCAGCUGUGCUGGCGCUGGCCGUGCUGUGGUCCGGGCUCGAUGGAGCAGAGCGUGGGGCAUGAGGAGGACAGCUGGAGUGAUGAGCAGGGUGCCUGCUCUGUCUUUGGGGAGCACUGGUCUUGCUGGACGACGUAGCUCUUCCCGUCCAUCCAUGUGUCCGUCUGUCAGCUGCUCUUCCUAACCCGGCUGCCCCCUGGGGAGGAGACUCAGGCCGCCCUGCCCCCCAGCACCUGCACCCAAGAAACCGAGGACUGGAGACUUCGCCUCACUCACUUGUACUGUAACGAUGUAUAUAAUUUGGUGGUAUUUCACUAUUUAAUUUUUAAGAAGCCUAUUUUACUAGUGUUUUAUAUGAAAAAAGUACUGCAGAAGUUAAACCUGUGAUGUAUUUUUCCUGAGAUGCUUUGUGCUCGGUAGUGAGUACUGAGACACUCCACUCGGUUUUAUAUGCCGGGAACAGAGUUUGUACGGGCUAUUUUUGUAUCUCCGGGACCUUGGGAACAGGCCGGAUGAGUGUGUGGAGGGCGGUGCUGCGGCCGGGCCGCUGAGGUGCUUUCGUUUGAGCGCCGACCAUUAAAGCACGGAAGAACA